AUGGUUGGUCGACGUGGGAAGCGUGGUGCCGCGGCGGCUAACGCCAACCCAGCGACGCGAUCUUCGCGCAAUGCGAAUACAUCCGUCGCUGCGCAAGCUCCUCGUGCCGGGGUCGCGGCCGUGGCCGAGCGACCAAGAAGAGGGAGCGGCGCCCAAGCGCUCUCCCAUCGUCCGAUUCCGCCUCCCGGCUCUGCAGAGUCGGAGCCCGAAUCUGCGUCGGCAACUGACCCCCAGCCGAUGCAGCUGAUGUCCAGACUGUGGACCCUGAAACCCCCCGCGGUCGCCGCUCGUCCGCCCAAGCGCGCCGUCACAGUCUCUGGAUCCGCGCGGACGACUCGCCAGUCUGCGCGUCUGAAGUCGUCUGGAGAGUCUGCUGCGGAUGACGCCAGUCCCAGCAAGAUGACGACCGAGGACGCCGACGAGACCGACUCCUCCCCCGAGCCGGGUUUCAAGGAGCAGCAGCCCCGACUCUCGUAUCAAGUUCACCACCCACCGGCAUCCCAAGACCACCCCGUCGCCGCCGCCCAGACCCCAUCAUCUCCGGGGAACCCCCUUCUAGAGACUUCGGGUGUGCCAGAACCAGCCGCCCAGUCCACUUCCCCUUCCCGCCUUUCGCGCAAGCGAAAAUCCUCCGAGAUGAAGGGCGAGCCGGCCGAGAUCCCCGAGCCCGGGACCCCCACCGCCAAAAAGGCCAAGCUCGAGGAGAGCGAGCUUCCCCAGGCCACCGACAACGACAACGACACCGGUCAUGUGAUCGACGGCCUCCCACAGCCAAACGGGACGAUCACGGCUUCCCUUCCGGAUGUCGACAUGACCGAGGACGGUUCUCCCGCCGAGAUCGAAGAGCUCGGCUCCCAGGCACCCAUCGAAAGUGCCGAACCAGCAGGUCGUGGUCGUGGUGGACGAGGUCGCGGACGUGGGCGCGGACGGGCACGCGGUGGCCGUGGUAGCCGUGGAGGUGCCACUGCAUCGACGCGUGGAACCGGUGUGGGUGCGCGUGCCCGGGGUGGUCGAGGACGAGGCCGCGGUCGAGCAUCGGCAGCCGCGGCCAUUCGACGAGGAGGGAAACGCAUCGAGGACGAGAUCUGGGACAGCGAAGUGCGACGCCGGACCCCAUCACCGAUCGCUGCCACUCAGCCGAUCAAGGAUCGCGCGGAUGAGUUGGCCGCCUUGUUCAAGAAAGUUGGACAAGCCCAGCAGCUGGCUUUGAAUGCGCUGGCUGAACGUUCGAUGCAGAAGCUUGCGCGCGACAAGAACGCGCAUAAAGACUGCAUUGAGCACGAUCGUGUGCUGCGGGACCUGGCCGAUCACGAGCGCCGGGCCAUGACUCGAUGCCGCAACCUUUACGACCUAAAGGUUGCCUCCACCAAGCGGGUGCUUGCCGGUGAUGUGUUCAUCAUCGAGCAGCGGGCAAAGGCCCAAAUGGCGAACAUCCAGGAGGAGAUGUUCUACGCCGCCCGGGGGAAGUAUAUGGAGCUCGUGACGGGUCGCCGAGCUGCCGAGGACGACGAGCACACCGAGACGGACGGAUCGGAUGCCGAGGCCGAGGAGUUCCCCUACCUCUUCCGCAUUGGCAAACCCGGCAUUCGACAAGUCGAACGUGGGUUCUUCGCUGAACCAGUUCGCGUUCCCGACGGCGCUGCCGCAUACGAGCGAGGUCAACGGGAAUGGGAUGACUUCGCCACCAAGGCCCGACUCGGCGAAGACUUGAAUCCCCAAAUGCAAGCCCUCGACUCCACCCAGGAGUUUGCCGACGACCCAGUCAAGCAACGACUGGAGUCCCUUCUCGAAGCUGCUCGAACCCUGGAUGAUCAAUCCGAUGGGCCCGGUGCUGGUUUCGUCGGACCUUCCGAACCCAUUCCCAAGGCGCUCUAUAUGCUGGCCGAUACUGCGCUCUCCGACCCGCACACAGCUCCCUUCCCCCCGAUGCGUGGUGAUCAACACUACCCCCCUAGUCACCGCGCCCUUCUCCCCCAUCUGCCCGCCGCGCAAGCACCCGCUGGAGUGAAUGUUGUGGCCGCCCACCCGCAACCUCCUCCUCCCCCUCACCCUCAACAGCCCCAGCCACCUCAAGCACACCAGGCACCCCCGAGCAUGGUUCACGGCCCGACUGAUCCUCGAUCAUUCAUCCUCCCUCGCCCAACCCCGACUCAACAGCCGCGCCGUUUGCUGCCUGCUCAACAGCCCAUGGGAAUCAACCUGCCGAACCCGUUCGCCAUGACCGGCCCUCCUCAGUUACCUCCACCUCCCGGCUCUCAUUUCGCCCGCUUGCCCAUGCCUACAUGGCAUCCAGGCCCCCCCCACCACCUCCUCCUCAGCAGGCAGGGCAGCAGCCGAGUCAUGGCCACGGUCACCCACAUGUUCCCGGAAGUGCAGGUUCGCAUGGUGGCCCCUCUCCUCAUCAAGGCCCGCCUCCUUCUCUCUACUACCCUCCUCCGCAACGGCGCUACUGAUGGAUUCACCGGAUGGGUUGAACUCAUGCAUUUGAAAGGUUCUGGGUUCAUGGCAUCUUCCCAUCAUCAGCACAAGCUGGCCAGAUUGAAAUCAGCGACAAAGUUCCUGGCAUCAUCAUUGACUCCAUCUCUUGGACUUCACACAGGGUUUCGAGCCCUUACUCCCCCUUCCUCAGGCCCUCCGCCCUUCAUCUCCAUUCAGGAAGAGAUCGAUAUACACCAUGCAGCGGCGGUCAUUCAAGGCCAAUCCCCUCCUUCUGCCCGCUUGCUUUGCAAUUUGCCAUGA